UUGGUUCUCAUUUUUUCCCCUUGUCCCUGCUCUCCCUUCUCUCUCGAUAUGUUGACUCAAGUCGGGAUUAAACUCCCUGCAGAAUUACUGUGCUUGCUCGGAUCUUGAGAAAUCAGCUCUGAUGUGAGAUAGCUCAGAUUGCUUCCUCUGAGACCCUCUGAACUCCGCCCACACACUCACGUCAACAGUCUCUGCCCCUUGCCCCACACCAGUCCACACCCACUGGGCCGACAGCCCCACCGCACCCCGUCAUAUCUCGUGUAGACUCCUCCCGGACCCGCUCCCGAAACAUAAAACAGUUUCAGUUCUAAGGUCGACAACUAGACGGAAGUUUUAUUAUUUUUCCUGUCAUAAAACUCACAGCAUGAAUGUCGCCACUUACAAGGAGAACUUGGAAAGUGCGACACAGAUUCUGCACCCCCUGAAAUGUUGGAAACAUUUUGCUGGGUCAUCUGCUUAGAAAGCAUACUGUUUCUCUGGAAUGAGGUCCACCCACCCCGAUUCCAGAGAUGAAGUUUUGGAAUGGCUAUGUUAACUGCAUAGUAAAUGACACGAAUGCAGCUGUCAAAUCCACGAGGAAGUCGGGUCAGAUGUUUUCUCCGGGGUUCUGUGCUGUCUCUGGUCUGCCCAAACUCUUCCCAAGCUUGGUGUGAGAUCACUAAUGUGUCACAGCUGCUGGCGUCUGUCCUCUACAAGAACCUGAAUUCCAGCAUAACCAGCGUGAGCAUUUCAGCAAAUGUACAAAACAAAUACGGUCUUUAUGUGGGCUUGUUACUGGCCGUAAGUUCCAGUAUUUGUAUUGGCUCCAGCUUCAUACUGAAAAAGAAGGGCCUCUUGCAGUUGGCCAACAAGGGCGCUAUUAGAGCAGGACAAGGUGGGCAUUCUUACCUCAAGGAAUGGCUGUGGUGGGCAGGAUUACUAUCAAUGGGAGCAGGAGAGGCUGCAAAUUUUGCAGCUUAUGCAUUUGCACCUGCCACCUUGGUCACCCCUCUGGGCGCCUUGAGUGUUCUCAUAAGUGCAAUAUUGUCUUCCUAUUUUUUAAAUGAGCACUUGAACAUUCAUGGGAAAAUAGGCUGCAUACUAAGUAUACUGGGGUCAACUGUGAUGGUUAUCCAUGCCCCACAAGAAGAGGAAGUCACUUCUCUGCAUGAAAUGGAAAUGAAAUUGAGAGACCCAGGAUUUAUUUCCUUUGCUGUGAUCAUUACUGUAAUCUCCUUGGUGCUGAUCUUAAUUGUCGCUCCUAAGAAAGGACAGACAAAUAUACUGGUCUACAUUUCAAUCUGUUCUUUAAUUGGAGCAUUUUCAGUUUCUUCUGUCAAGGGCCUGGGAAUUGCCAUUAAGGAACUACUAGAUCAGAAACCAGUUUACAAGAAUCCACUGGUCUUCAUUUUGCUGGCUGUACUUGUGCUUUCAGUAACAACCCAGAUUAACUAUCUCAACAAAGCACUGGACACUUUUAAUGCAUCUCUUGUGACUCCUAUUUAUUACGUGAUCUUCACAUCCAUGGUAGUGACUUGCUCCGCCAUCUUAUUCCAAGAGUGGUAUGGCAUGAAAGCUGGAGAUAUCAUCGGAACCUUGAGUGGGUUCUUCACCAUUAUCAAUGGCAUCUUCCUUCUACAUGCUUUUAAAAACACCAGCAUUACCUGGAGUGAACUGACAUCCACUGCUAAGGAAAAAGUCCUUUCUCCAAAUGGCGGUGAGAAUAAUUACAUGUUACUAGAGAAUGUAGAUUUUUCAACAACAGGAUAUGAAGAUGACGUUACCUUGUUUAGCAGGACUGAUGAUCAAAGCCUCUGUAAAUCCUAAAUUUCACCAGACACUUUGAGAGGAGAAAGAAGACUUAUUCUUGGAAGUACUGUUGGGAAAGUUAGUGUUUCUAAAAUUCUAAUACUUUAAACAUGAGGCCAAAUUUUUAAAAGUCUUCACUUGGGUCUGGGUCAUCAGAUUUGAACAUCAAGCUUUGAUAUUCUUCCAGAAGAUUGCUGCAAAAUUUUAAAUACUGCCUAAGCACAAAAGAAGUUGAGUUAUAUUUGUCCCAGAAUAAUCUCUCUGGCAACAAUAGAUUUGAUUUUGCCAGGUGGUGCCUCAUUUCCCUGUUGGCUGUUCCUAGCUAGAUUCAUGGUAAUUCACAGGUCAAGUGAUCUGUGUUCUGAGAACACCAUUCUCUGAUGAGCCAUAAUCCCACGUUAUUAAAACUGAGAAGUGAGUACACUGGUGCUUCAUCCUUUCUUAAACUAGAAAAUUAGAAGGCAGAGUAUUAGAGGAAAAAAUACAGGCCUGCCUUCAAAAUCUGUACCUCGGUGAGCUAGAAUGCAUAAGCACACCCACCCAUUGAAGACAUAAACUGUGGUUCAAUCAAACAGCAUACGACGAUUACCAAUUAAAGAGGGAGGAUGGAAGGAGGAGGAAAAU